AUGGCGGCCGAGCAUCCCGAGCCUCCCAAAGGAGAGUUGCAGCUGCCGCCGCCGCCACCUCCUGGCCAUUAUGGCGCCUGGGCUGUCCAGGAGCUUCAGGCCAAACUGGCAGAGAUCGGAGCUCCGAUCCAAGCAGGGAGUCGGGAGGAGCUAGUGGAGCGGCUGCAGAGCUACACGCGCCAGACUGGGAUUGUACUGAAUCGGCCGGUCCUAAGAGGUGAAGAUGGGGACAAAGCAGCUCCCCCUCCCAUGUCAGCGCAGCUCACCGGGAUCCCGAUGCCACCGCCACCCAUGGGCCUCCCCCCUCUGCAGCCUCCUCCACCGCCUCCGCCACCUCCACCAGGCCUUGGCCUUGGCUUUCCUAUGGCAGUUGGACCCCGCCCACCAAACCUGGGGCCCCCACCGCAGCUCCGCGUGGGCGAGCCUGUGGCGCUGUCAGAGGAGGAGCGGCUGAAGCUGGCGCAGCAGCAGGCAGCGCUGUUGAUGCAGCAGGAGGAGCGCGCCAAGCAGGCGGCUGUUCUCCUGGAGCAAGAGCGGCAGCAGGAGAUUGCCAAGAUGGGCAGCCCCGUGCCUCGACCCCCACAGGACAUGGGCCAAAUGGGCGUCCGCACGCCUCUGGGUCCCCGAGUUGCUGCUCCAGUGGGCCCCACUCCUACUGUCCUGCCCAUGGGGGCCCCGGUUCCCCGGCCUCGUGGCCCCCCGCCGCCCCCGGGAGAUGAGAACAGAGAGAUGGAUGACCCCUCCGCGGGCCCCAAGAUCCCCCAGGCUCUGGAAAAGAUCCUGCAGCUGAAAGAGAGCCGCCAGGAAGAGCUGAGCUCUCAACAGGAGGAUGAGGAAAUGGAGACAGACACACGCUCAUCCCUGGGCCAGUCGGCGUCAGAGACCGAGGAGGACUCAGUGUCCAUGUCCAAGAAGGAGAAAAACCGGAAGCGUCGGAACCGGAAGAAGAAGAAGAAGCCUCAGCGGGUACGAGGGGCGUCAUCUGAGAGCUCUGGGGACCGAGAGAAAGAGUCAGCCCGGUCCCGCGGCUCUGAGUCCUCAGCGGCUGAUGUGGAAAUUGAAUAUGUGACCGAAGAGCCUGAAAUCUAUGAGCCCAACUUCAUCUUCUUCAAGAGGAUUUUUGAGGCUUUCAAGCUCACCGAUGACGUGAAGAAGGAGAAAGAGAAGGAGCCAGAGAAACUCGACAAACUGGAGAACUCCGCAGCCCCCAAGAAGAAGGGCUUUGAGGAGGAGCACAAGGACAGCGAUGACGACAGCAGCGACGACGAGCUGGAGAAGAAGCCAGAAGCCCCGAAGCUGUCCAAGAAGAAGUUGCGCCGAAUGAACCGCUUCACUGUGGCUGAGCUUAAGCAGCUCGUGGCGCGGCCCGAUGUUGUGGAGAUGCAUGAUGUGACAGCACAGGAUCCGAAGCUCUUGGUCCACCUCAAGGCCACUCGGAAUUCUGUGCCUGUGCCGCGGCACUGGUGUUUUAAGCGCAAGUACCUGCAGGGCAAACGGGGCAUUGAGAAGCCGCCCUUUGAGCUGCCGGACUUCAUCAAACGCACAGGCAUCCAGGAGAUGCGGGAGGCCCUGCAGGAGAAGGAAGAACAGAAGACUAUGAAGUCAAAAAUGCGCGAGAAGGUUCGGCCUAAGAUGGGGAAGAUCGACAUUGACUACCAGAAGCUGCAUGACGCCUUCUUCAAGUGGCAGACCAAGCCAAAGCUGACCAUCCACGGGGACCUGUACUAUGAGGGGAAGGAGUUUGAGACACGCCUGAAGGAGAAGAAGCCAGGAGAUCUGUCCGAUGAGCUGAGGAUUUCCUUGGGGAUGCCAGUAGGACCAAAUGCUCACAAAGUUCCUCCCCCGUGGCUGAUUGCCAUGCAGCGAUACGGACCGCCCCCGUCGUACCCAAACCUGAAAAUCCCUGGGCUGAACUCACCCAUCCCUGAGAGCUGUUCCUUUGGGUACCAUGCUGGUGGCUGGGGCAAACCCCCCGUGGAUGAAACUGGGAAACCACUCUAUGGGGACGUAUUUGGAACCAAUGCCGCUGAGUUUCAGACCAAGACUGAAGAAGAAGAGAUUGAUCGGACUCCGUGGGGGGAGCUGGAGCCAUCUGAUGAAGAGUCUUCGGAAGAAGAGGAAGAGGAGGAAAGUGAUGAAGACAAGCCAGAUGAAACAGGCUUUAUUACCCCUGCAGACAGCGGCCUCAUUACUCCUGGAGGAUUCUCAUCAGUGCCAGCUGGAAUGGAGACUCCUGAACUCAUUGAGCUGAGGAAGAAGAAGAUUGAGGAAGCGAUGGAUGGAAGCGAGACACCUCAGCUGUUCACUGUGCUACCAGAGAAGAGAACGGCCACCGUUGGGGGAGCCAUCAUGGGAUCGACCCACAUCUAUGACAUGACCACGGUUAUGAGCCGGAAGGGCCCGGCCCCUGAGCUGCAAGGUGUGGAAGUGGCUCUGGCGCCCGAAGAGUUAGAGCUGGACCCCAUGGCCAUGACCCAGAAGUAUGAGGAGCAUGUACGGGAGCAGCAGGCACAAGUGGAGAAGGAAGACUUCAGUGACAUGGUGGCCGAGCAUGCUGCCAAACAGAAGCAAAAGAAACGGAAAGCUCAGCCUCAGGACAGCCGCGGGGGCAGCAAGAAAUACAAGGAGUUCAAAUUUUAG